AUGGAGCUCUUGCUGGAAAAGGCUGACGUUUUAUGGCUUGCUCAGCCAUAUAAGAAGAAGAAAGAGAUGUUAGAAGGACCAAUGUAUUCUUAUCUAACUGUGCUACUUCCUUCUGCUAAUAAUCAAGAUGCUGGAGUACCGUUGCCUUGCAGUAUUCACAUUCCUGCGGAAGAGUUGACAACGGAGAACAAGACGUCGCAGUUGGAUGAGCAUGUAACGUUCGAGAUUCGGGAUGGUGUGGAGGUUUUGUCGACCCAUGUGAUGAAACUACGCGACUGCAUUCCAGUGCUGACGGAAGGAUCUGUCCAUUGGAUGCAGCCAGUUCUGCACAAAGACGCGGUGUGGAAUGUCGAGACUUUUGUCCAUGUGAGGACGGACCGACGUCCACGCGCAUUGAUCUCUCAUGCGAUCGCGGUCCAGAAUGGUGCGAGAAACGUCGCGCACAAGCUGUCGCUGCACAAGAAUAAGGUAGUUGUUGGACUGCUUCCAGGGGUCAUAGGCUGCGUCCUAGGUUUUUUGGGAACGUUUCCAAUUUGGCUUCCUCUGACACUGUUGGUGGGCGUAAUGGGCUUUCCUGUUUGGCUUGUUAUUGGUGCUGCGAUGUCGCUGGUGACGGUGCUUUCUGCCAUUUCUGCGGUCUUGGCUCUAAAACUUGCACGCUCAGAGAGUGUGAAGGGUGCGUGUCAGCGUUUCUUAACCAGUCAGCAGGGCCAGCUGCUGCUAUUCCAGGGAAUGCCCGGUGAAGAGGUCUUUUCACCUUCUGUUCUAUCCGAUCGUGCAAAAGAGUAUGUGCUCGAAAGUCCGUCUCGCAAGCUAGUGGCAAGUUUGGCCAUCGACUUUGUAGGGAAUGCGACGUUUGUGAUUCCUGUUCUAGGUGAGCUAGCAGAUAUAUUUUGGGCACCCGUAUCGGCUAGGAUGGUGGAUAUUCUCUACAAGGAAUCGUCUCCGCGUGUCAAGUACUUGGCUUUUCUCGAAGAGGUACUCCCCUUUACGGACUUUAUUCCCACUGCAACUCUAUCAUGGAUAAAGGAGAAUCUCAACUCGUCCGAGCUGAAAAAGAUACUCAAACUUACCAGAUUUCACAAGCAAGCGUAA